GGAUUAUGAUUUUUCUGAUGAUGGUAAUCAUGGCCCAUUCUUCCGAUUCGAGACGCCGUCUUACAACUCUCCCAAAACUCUACUCGGUUGAUUGGAAGGCCUUUGUCACUCUCUCAACCUCGCUCAGGAAUGGUUAGAUCAAUGCGUAUCUGAACAAACAGAAUGCAUACAGCACAGCAACGCCAUAUCUUCAACUUGGCUAUUGUCCAUCUACUUUUCAGGGGGGGGGAGGCUCAAGUUCGACUUGUCGAGUCUCCCGACACGUCCGCCAAGAGGUAUAGAGCACUGAGUCAUUGCCGAGGAGCAUAUCAACCUCUAUGUACAAACAAGGAGAACUAUGAAGCACAUAAGCAAAGCAUAUUAUUCCGCGACCUUCCAAAACCCUUCCAGGAUGCAGUCACGGUCACCAAGCACCUUGGCGUAGAGUAUCUUUGGAUCGAUUCUCUCUGUAUCAUUCAGAAUUCUGCCGAGGACUGGGAGCGCGAGUGCUCUCGAAUGGCCAGUAUCUACGCUGGCGCAUUGGUUACAAUUGCCGCCCCAGGUGCAACCGACAGUUCGAAGGGCUUUCUACAUGACUACUUUCCAACUAAAUACGGCUCUUUUGAACUCCCCUACAAUAACAAAGACGAGCACUCCAUCAUCCCCACCACUAUGGAAUAUUCCUCUUGGAGAAGGCAGAACAUCAUCUAUGGAUCUCAUUCGCGCCUAUUUACCAGAGGAUGGGUCCUGCAAGAAAGACUACACUCUGAGCGCACUUUAUCAUUCCGGACCCGGCGCUUAGUGUGGGAAUGAACGACGCAUUGUCGUUCAGACGACCU